GUAGGACUCAUGUGGACACAGCUCUCUUAACCGCAGCUCACCAAAGACGGAAGGCUGCAGUGGCGCAGUAGGAACAGCGCGAUGAAGAGCGCCAUCUGUGACGUGACCACCACAGCCGCUGCCAGCAGUGUCGUCAGUUCUGCCACCAAGUUGCAUGAGGGCACAGCUCAUAGAACGUCACCUUGCCGUAUCGCUCAUCGUGCAGUGCUCUUAGAAUGAAGAGAACAAUGUAAGGUAGAAAGCCGCAGAUUAGCGAGGCAGAGGCAAACAGGAGAGUCACCAGCCUGUAUUUCACCACACCGGGCUCCGUCUCGCUCCUCAAGAUCGGCAGAUUGUGCAGCCGCACAGAAAUCUGCAGACAUGACACACACACACGCAGAGACCCAUACAGACACGACAUUGGAGCCGCUCCCUUUUGAUGUGCCUGUCCACCAUGAAAAGGACGACUUCGCAGGCCAACUCGAUGGCGACCAGGAGACACAGCCCGCCCAGCCUCUCGAACAGCCGGGGCAGCGAGGGAGACAGCAGCUGCUCCAUCGAUAUCAACGACAGAUUGAUGAAAACAAGGAAGAGGCUCUCGGCCUGAUUGUAGGCAUGAGUUUGGUCCGCCAACGCACGAAGGUAUCUCGGCUUGACGUCAAAGGCGAUGAACUAUAUGGCACACACAUUCACACACAAAGCAGACUCGUGCACAUUGUAUAUCUGGCUCCAUGUGUGGGCUGACAUUGGAUUGAAGAUCGAGUGUCGACGUCAUAGACGAUAACCUGCUGGCUGACGACCGGGGCAUUCGUCGGGC